CUGCUCGGCGCUCGCGUACCAUUUGACUGCCGCUCAUUCAGUCAGUGCGCUCGACCGCGCUUAGAUCCGCUCCAGCAGCUCUCCUGGCGAAAGCUUCACUUCAAAGAGAGGAUUGACAGCAGCAUGUGCAAGUAGCCUAUUAUCGGAUCCCUAAACGCAGCCUCUCUACUGUAUUCCUCGGAAGAAAGGUUACGGUGAAGAUGGAACCAGACAUGGCAGCUAUGUAAUAGGCACCAGUUCCAACCCUGCUGUAGUGAAAUUCUUAACCUAGCAGCAGUGCAGAGCGUUGUUGUUAAUCGGCUUCUGAAGAGAGCGAUUCAGGUUCCGGGUUUAUUCGUCACCUUGCCAACUGAGGACAGGACCACUCGGAGCAUGAGCAGAGUUUGGAGCUGUCCUGAGCUGAUUCAAAUGACACAUUUCAGCCUUACUCUAUAGUGUAUUUUUUAAACCGAACAGUUUGGGGUUCUCCCUUAUUGAAUGGCAGUUUAACAAUGAACUCUAACGCAGGGUCCUACCAGCAGAGCGCCUACGGAGGCAGCCAGGGCAGGCACGGCGGGUGUGGCGUUUCCACCAUCCACUGCCUCCGCUGCCGAGAAGCCUGUAAAGGAGAGGUGGUGCGUGUGCAGAAUGUCCACUUCCAUGUCAAGUGCUUCACCUGCCAAGUGUGUGGCUGUGACCUGGCCUGUUCCGGUUUCUUCCAGAAGGGCGGGGAGUACAUCUGUACAGAGGACUACCAGCGCCUGUAUGGUACCAGGUGUGACGGCUGUGCAGAGUUCAUCACAGGGGAGGUGGUGUCCGCCCUGGGCCGUACCUACCACCCUGAGUGUUUUGUCUGCAGCAUGUGCCGAAAGCCGUUCCCGAUUGGAGACAGGGUGACCUUCUGUGGAAAGAAAUGUGUCUGUCAGCAGUGCUCCCAUUCGCUAGUCAGCAACGAGCCUGUCAAGAUCCACGGACCCAGUCACUGCGCAGGCUGUAAGGAAGAGAUCAAACAUGGCCAGUCCCUGCUGGCCCUGGAGAAGCAGUGGCACGUCAGCUGCUUUAAGUGUCAGACGUGCGGCACGGUGCUGACCGGGGAAUACAUCAGCAAAGAUGGCGUUCCGUACUGUGAGGCUGAUUACCACGCCCAGUUUGGGAUCCAGUGUGCUACAUGUAACAGAUACAUCAGCGGCAGAGUCCUGGAGGCGGGAGGGAAGCACUACCACCCUAGCUGCGCCCGCUGCGCCCGAUGCCUGAUGAUGUUUGCGGAAGGAGAGGAGAUGUACCUCACAGGUUCAGAGGUGUGGCAUCCAAUGUGUAAACAAGCAACACGACUGGAGAAGAAACUGAGAUUCAGACGUACCUCGGAGGCCUCCAUAUCACCCCCUGGGUCCAGCAUCGGCUCCCCGAGCCGCGUCAUCUGUGCCAAAGUGGAAAACCAGGUCCUAAAUUACAAAGACUUGGCUGCGCUGCCUAAGAUUAAAGCUAUUUAUGCCAUGCAGCAGCCCGAUCUCAUUCCCUGUGAGUCUUAUCACAGACACUCCUCUGAUGACUGCCUUGAGCUUUACAGCCUCGGGGAGUCUCUGGGAACUCUCUCUCCAUACUCUCAGGACUUCUACGACAGCGUGGAGCUGAGACAGAGGAGCUUGUCCAGCCCAGGCUUCAUGGACCCUCUCAACUAUGGCCGCCAGGGCCUGUCGCCUACCAUGUCCGCCUCUCACUCCCCACAGCAUGGCUACCGCGCCGGCAGUGAGAGUGGGAGGAGCUCUCCUUAUUACAGUCAGCUUGACGCCACGCCCACCACGCCCACCACGCCCAUCACCUACCAAGCCCCCAAGCAUUUCCACCUGCCAGCCACAGGGGAGCCCAACAUCUACCGGAAACCUCCCAUCUAUAAGAAACAUGAUGACUUGGGCCACUCAGCCACUAAGAGUAAAGCCAGCGAGGACAUCCUCCAAACCUCCCAGUUCCCGGAGCCGUACUCUCCAGACCCCUACCACCAGCAGUCCAACUACUACCCUUACACGCCCUCCCCCAAAGCUCCUCGCGCUCGUAGGUUUUCCUCUGGUGGAGAAGAGGAUGGAUGGAAUCAAAGUCUAAACAGACUCCAAGGAGGCAUAGGCCGUAUGAUUCUGAAGGAGGAGAUGAAAGCCAGGUCUGGUUCCUAUGACAACGACCCAUGGGGCAGCGCCCGGAACUCUCGCGUCAACUCCUGCACCAACUCCCGCACCAACUCCCGCAGCGGAAGCAGAGAGGCCCUGCACAAUGCAGGCUACAGCAACACCGUUAACGGAUCGCCAGUUAGAUCCCACUACAGUGCUGACAGUGAGUCUUUCGUCUCCAAGUCCUCUUCGUUGCCGGGAUACGGCCGGAACGGCCUGCAUAGGCCUCAGAGUGCAGAUUAUUUCCAGUACGACAGUAGCAAUGCUGUGAACUGGGGAAUCAGAGAAUACAAGAUCUACCCAUAUGACACAUUGGUAGUCACCAUUAGGGGGCGCCACCAGCUCCCCAAUGACGUGGACCGAGCCAGACUAGAGCGUCACCUGUCUCCUGAGGAGUUCUACCGGGUGUUCAGGAUGACCAUGGCGGACUUUGAGCGACUGGCACCGUGGAAGAGAAAUGAGCUGAAAAAACAAGUCAGACUGUUCUGAUUGGACGGGACUAGAGAAACUCAGUUUAGAUGCCUCCUUGGCUUAACUUUACAGAGCCCUCACUGAUAACUUUA